AUGUCUACAGACAGCGAUAAUCAAGUAGAAAUCGCCAAAAAAAGAAAGUUUCGACCCAGAAAGGCGUUGAAGAAAUCCAAGAAAGCAUUAGCCGGUGAAAACCUUCUGUUAACACUGACUAUCAUUGGUGUCUUAGUUGGCGUUUUAAUCGGUUUUCUAGUUCGAAUGGCUCAUCCGGGCGAAGUAGCCAUAAAGCUAGUUAAUUUUCCUGGAGAUCUUCUUAUCAGAAUGUUAAAAAUGUUGAUUUUACCAUUAAUCGUCUCCAGUCUUAUAGCUGGUUUAGCUUCCCUAGACGCGGGUGCAUCAGGCAAAAUGGGCCGUCGAGCUAUUCUUUACUACUUUGGAACGACAGUUUUAGCAGUAGUUUUAGGUCUAGUGCUUGUUGUAGUUAUCCAUCCUGGUAAAACUAAAGCAGGCUUAUCCAGUGAAAAGCAAGAACAUAUCAACACCUUAGAUGCCUUUCUUGAUCUUAUAAGAAAUAUGUUCCCUUCAAACUUAAUACAAGCGUGUUUUGAAACGCAAAAAACUGUGUACAAGGAAGUUAGGCAUCCGGUUGCUGUUAUAACACAUGAUAACAUCACUAAUGCAACGCAAAGGGUCACAGUUUUGCCAACAAUGAUUAGCGAGAUUUCGAUCAACUCCGAUAGUUCAAAUAUUACUAAAAACAUAACCGUGGCUAAAUUUGAGCACGUUGGUGAAGAACACUUUGUAGACGGUAUGAAUGUUCUGGGUUUGGUAGUAUUUUCAAUCGCGUUUGGUAUUACUAUGAGCAAUAUUGGAGAAGGAGGAGAACCCAUAAAGCGGUUUUUCUUGUCCCUGAAUGAAGUCGUUAUGAAAUUAGUAGGAAUCGUUAUGUGGUAUUCUCCUGUUGGUAUCAUGUUUUUAAUAGCGGGACAAAUAAUUAAGAUGGAUGAUUUUGGUAAAGUUAUGGGCUCUCUUGGCUUAUAUAUGGUCACUGUUAUACUGGGAUUGUUAAUACAUUCGAUGGUUACACUACCUGCAAUUUACUUUGCUGUCGUUCGUAAAAAUCCCUUCAUAUACAUGAAAGGUGUCCUACAGGCUUUAGUAACUGCAUUUGGUACUGCUUCCAGUUCAGCGACGCUUCCAGUGACCUUCAGAUGCUUAGAAAACAAUCUAAACGUUGACAAACGAGUUACACGAUUUGUACUUCCAAUUGGUGCCACAGUUAAUAUGGAUGGUACAGCCCUUUAUGAAGCUGUUGCUUCAGUAUUUAUUGCUCAAGUAAAUGGAAUUACCCUUAAUUUUGGACAACUCAUAACAGUGAGUUUAACGGCUACUCUAGCUGCAAUUGGUGCUGCUGGUAUACCACAAGCUGGAACAGUCACUAUAUUACUAGUUUUAACAGCGGUAGGCCUGCCAGCAGAAGAUGUUUCACUGAUUAUGGCAAUCGAUUGGUUUCUUGAUCGAAUUCGCACAGCCGUAAACGUUCUUGGUGAUGCCUAUGGCACUGGUAUCGUUUAUCACUUAUCAAAAUCAGAAUUGGCGGAUGCAGAUGCACGUGAAGAGGCGAAAGCUAUAGAAGAAGAUAAGUUCUACAAAGCAGUGUAA